GAGAAGGACUCAACAACUUGGAGAGAGAAAGACUCAAAAACUUAGAGAGAGAAAGAGACAGAGAGACGUAGAAGCUUUCAAGGCUUUUUCGUAUUUAAGCUUCCACACCUCGAUUUCUAGAGAGAGAAACAAAAAAAUCGAAAAAAAAAAGAAAAAAAAGCUUCGGAAGAAAGGGGCCGAGAAUUUUAUCGUCUGCUUUGUACGCUUUCCCUUCUCGUCUUCGCCGGCUCGAAGUUCAAAUUUGUUUGUCGGUAUUGCGGCUGAAAGUUCAAAGCUUCCGGUCCGGUUCGCUCCGAUCUGACUCGCCGAAUCACUUGCUGUUUGCCUCUGUCCUGUAUCGGAUGUCAUAGCAGAGGAGAUCGCUCUGUGCAAUCGAUAUGGCUCCACCAGUUAACAUUAUUGUAGGUUCUCAUGUCUGGGUUGAAGAUCCAAAGGAAGCAUGGAUUGGUGGAGAAGUUUUCCGUAUUAGUGGUGAAGAAGUUCACAUACGUACCAAAAAUGGGAAAACGGUUGUUUCAAAUAUCUCAAAAGUCUUUCCCGAGGAUACUGAAGCUCCUCCUGGAGGUGUGGAUGACAUGACAAAGCUGUCAUAUUUGCAUGAACCAGGAGUUCUGAAUAAUUUGGCAGCCAGAUAUGAACUCAAUGAAAUAUAUACAUACACUGGAAAUAUUUUGAUUGCAGUAAAUCCAUUUCAAAGGUUACCACAUUUGUAUGACGUGCAUAUGAUGGAACAAUAUAAAGGAGCCCAAUUUGGGGAGUUAAGCCCUCAUGUUUUUGCAAUUGCAGAUGUUGCAUAUAGAGCAAUGAUCAAUGAGGGAAAAAGCAAUUCAAUUCUGGUUAGUGGAGAGAGUGGUGCUGGUAAAACAGAGACAACAAAGAUGCUUAUGCGAUAUCUUGCAUACCUUGGAGGUCGAAUUGGUGUAGAAGGGCGGACAGUUGAACAACAAGUUCUAGAAUCCAAUCCAGUUCUUGAAGCAUUUGGAAAUGCCAAAACUGUCAGAAACAACAACUCCAGUCGGUUUGGUAAAUUCGUGGAGAUUCAAUUUGACAAGAAUGGGAGGAUCUCUGGGGCAGCUAUAAGGACUUAUUUGCUUGAAAGGUCUCGAGUUUGCCAAAUCUCAGAUCCUGAAAGAAACUAUCAUUGUUUUUACCUUCUUUGUGCUUCGCCGCCUGAGGAGAGAGAUAAAUUUAAGUUGGGAGACCCCAAACAAUUCCAUUACUUGAAUCAAUCCAGUUGCUAUGAGCUGGAUGGAAUAGAUGACGGUGAAGAAUAUCUUGCAACCCGAAGGGCUAUGGAUGUAGUUGGGAUCAGUGAAGAAGAGCAGGAUGCAAUUUUUUUGGUAGUAGCUGCAAUUCUGCAUCUUGGCAAUGUUGAAUUUGCAAAAGGAGAGGAUAUUGACUCUUCUGUCAUUAAGGAUGAGAAGUCUAGAUUCCAUCUGAAGACGACAGCUGAGUUGCUUAAGUGUGAUCCUAAGAGCUUGGAAGAUGCUCUCAUUAAGCGUGUAAUGGUAACACCAGAAGAAAUCAUUACAAGGACUCUUGACCCUCUUUCUGCAUUGGCUAGCAGAGAUGCCUUAGCCAAAACUAUUUAUUCACGUUUGUUUGACUGGCUUGUGGAGAAAAUUAACAUCUCAAUUGGUCAAGAUCCAAACUCAAAGACAUUGAUUGGAGUUCUUGAUAUUUAUGGGUUUGAGAGCUUUAAGUUCAAUAGUUUUGAGCAGUUCUGUAUCAAUUUUACAAAUGAGAAGUUGCAACAACAUUUCAAUCAGCAUGUCUUUAAGAUGGAACAGGAAGAAUAUACAAAAGAAGAAAUCAAUUGGAGCUACAUUGAGUUUGUUGAUAACCAAGAUGUGUUGGAUCUGAUUGAAAAGAAACCUGGAGGGAUAAUUGCACUUUUAGAUGAAGCCUGUAUGUUUCCUAAAUCCACACAUGAAACAUUUGCUCAGAAGUUAUACCAGACAUUUACAAAAAACAAGCGCUUUAUCAAACCGAAGCUUUCUCGUACUAGCUUUACCAUAUCUCACUAUGCAGGGGAGGUAACUUAUCUGGCUGAUCAGUUCCUUGAUAAAAACAAAGAUUAUGUGGUUGCAGAGCACCAGGAUCUGUUGACAGCCUCCAAAUGCCCUUUUGUGGCAGGGCUAUUUCCUCCACUUCCAGAGGAUUCAUCCAAGUCAUCGAAGUUUUCAUCCAUUGGAUCACGCUUCAAGUUACAACUACAAUCUUUGAUGGAGACCUUAAAUUCAACAGAACCUCACUAUAUCAGAUGUGUGAAGCCGAACAGUGUCCUCAAGCCUGCCAUUUUUGAGAAUUUUAACAUUAUACAACAAUUACGCUGUGGUGGUGUUCUUGAGGCAAUUAGGAUCAGCUGCGCGGGAUAUCCUACCCGACGUACAUUUUAUGAUUUUCUUCUCCGCUUUGGGGUUCUUGCUCCUGAAGUUUUGGAAGGAAACUGCGAGGACAAGGUUGCAUGCCAAAUGAUCCUGGAUAAACUGGGAUUGACUGGUUAUCAGAUAGGCAAGACAAAGGUCUUUCUAAGAGCUGGUCAGAUGGCUGAGUUGGAUGCAAGGAGAGCAGAGGUACUUGGAAAUGCAGCCAGAACUAUACAAAGACAAAUCCGUACAUAUGUUGCACGCAAAGAGUUCUUUGCAUUACGCAAAGCUGCUAUUCAAUUGCAAUCUUAUGUGAGAGGAACAUAUGCUCGUGAGAUAUUUGAGCAGCUGCGACAACAAGCAGCAGCUGUCAAGAUACAGAAAGAUUUCCGACGAUACAUUGCCAGGAAAUCAUUCUCGACAGUACGGUUGUCUGCAAUCACAAUACAGACAGGGUUGAGAGCAAUGACUGCUCGAAAUGAAUUCAGAUUCAGAAAGCAAACUAAGGCUGCAAUUCUUAUCCAGACUCAUUUGCGUGGCCACAUAGCCUAUUCUUAUUAUAGGAGUCUCCAGAAAGCUGCAUUAUAUACGCAGUGUGGGUGGAGGCGUAGGGUUGCCCGGAAAGAGCUCAGAAAUCUCAAAAUGGUUUGUAUUACACUCCUUAAUGUGAUUUGUUUCCAUAGGAGGAUCUCAGGUGUCGUAUCAAUUACUUUGUGGUUUAAAUCUGUUCAGGCUGCAAGAGAAACAGGGGCCCUCAAAGAAGCUAAAGACAAACUAGAAAAGCGUGUGGAAGAACUUACAUGGCGCCUGCAACUUGAGAAGCGAUUAAGGACUGAUUUAGAAGAGGAAAAGGCCCAAGAAACUGCUAAGUUGCAAGAAGCUUUGCAUGCAAUGCAAAUACAAAUAGAAGAAGCAAAUGCCAGAGCAAUUAGAGAACGAGAAGCACUUGAGAAAGCUGUUAAAGAAGCACCUCCUGUCAUUAAGGAGACUCCUGUAAUAAUUCAAGACACUGAAAAAAUUGACUCAUUAUCUGCUGAGGUGGAGAGUUUGAAGGCCUUGCUGCUCUCAGAAAGACAGGCAGCGGAAGAGGCAAGGAAAGCUUCUAUUGAUGCUGAGGCUAGAAAUGCAGAGCUGGUCAAACAAUUUGAAGAUUCAUGCAGAAAAGUGGACCAGCUUCAGGAAUCUGCACAGAGGCUAGAGGAGAAGCUUUCGAACAUAGAGUCGGAGAAUCAAGUACUUCGUCAACAAGCAUUGACCAUGUCACCGACUGGAAAAUCUCUAUCUUCAAGAUCAAGGACGGUGAUUAUUCAGAGGACACCAGAGAAUGGGAAUUAUGUAAAUGGAGAAUCCAAGGUCACAUCGGAUAUGACUCUUGCCUUAUCAAAUGCACGCGAACCCGAGUCAGAGGAAAAACCACAGAAAUCUCUAAAUGAAAAGCAGCUGGAGAACCAGGACUUGCUGGUCAAAUGCAUAUCACAGGAUUUGGGUUUUUUCGGGGGAAGACCAAUUGCUGCUUGUGUCAUAUACAAAUGUCUUCUUCACUGGAGGUCCUUUGAAGUGGAAAGGACUGGAAUUUUCGACCGUGUAAUUCAAACAAUAGCUUCAGCCAUAGAGGUCCCGGAUAAUAAUGACGUAUUAGCUUAUUGGUUAUCCAAUACCUCAACUUUAUUGUUGCUGCUCCAGCACACACUAAAGGCAAGUGGAGCAGCUAGCAUGACACCACAACGGAGGAGAACAUCAUCAGCAUCUCUUUUUGGAAGGAUGUCUCAGGGGUUACGGGCUUCUCCUCAAAGUGGGGGGCUCUCAUUUCUUAAUGGUAGAGGACUUGGUAGACUGGAUGACUUACGGCAAGUUGAGGCCAAGUAUCCUGCAUUAUUGUUUAAGCAGCAGCUUACUGCCUUCCUUGAGAAGAUAUAUGGAAUGAUGAGGGACAAUUUGAAGAAGGAGAUAUCACCAUUGCUCGGAUUAUGCAUCCAGGCCCCCAGGACAUCACGGGCAAGUUUAGUGAAAGGACGUGCCCAAGCUAAUGCUGUCGCUCAGCAAGCUUUAAUUGCCCAUUGGCAAAGCAUUGUGAAAAGCUUGGACAAUUGCUUGAAGACAAUGAAAGCAAAUUAUGUGCCUCCCUUCUUGGUCCGCAAGGUGUUCACUCAGAUAUUCUCAUUCAUCAAUGUCCAGCUAUUCAAUAGUCUUCUUUUGCGGCGUGAGUGUUGUUCGUUCAGUAAUGGGGAGUAUGUGAAAGCAGGUUUGGCCGAAUUAGAACAGUGGUGCUAUGGGGCAAGUGAGGAAUACGCCGGCUCAGCUUGGGAUGAACUGAAGCAUAUUAGGCAGGCUGUUGGAUUCCUAGUUAUACAUCAGAAACCGAAGAAGACCUUGAAUGAAAUAACAAAAGAACUGUGCCCGGUGCUUAGCAUACAGCAGUUAUACAGGAUCAGUACAAUGUACUGGGAUGACAAAUACGGUACACAUAGUGUGUCCUCAGAUGUUAUUUCAAGCAUGAGAGUUCUGAUGACUGAGGACUCCAACAAUGCUGUGAGCAGCUCUUUCCUAUUAGACGAUGACUCAAGCAUACCAUUCUCGGUGGACGACAUCUCAAAGUCAAUGCAACAAGUAGACGUAACUGACAUUGAACCUCCACCAUUGAUUCGUGAACACUCUGGGUUUGGCUUCUUGCUCCCCCGGUCUGAAUGAUAUUCGUGAUCAUCGUCUCUCAUGCUCCGCUCGGGUCUUCAUGGUUGUGUCGAAAGACACACAGCACAUCAGGUGAUGUGCUGAAACUUGUGCAUAUAGUUUCAUUGUUUGUAAUCAUCAACAUUUGUGUAUAGAGCUUGUUUUAUCUGCUCAUGCCAUCCAUUUUGGUUUGGAUGGCGGAGUCAGUUCAUUCUUUCCCUCGAGUUUUAUCAACACGAGGGUUUUUCGUAGGUUGCCGCGUCGCAAUUUAUGCGACGACGUGCCUGGAAACGGGCACUGGCGCCCGGUAGCUUCUUUCUUGGGUUUUAAGGUCGUCUGCCGGUUUUUGAGUGGAUUUGUAGGCCAUCAUUUGUUGUAUGUGGAAGCAAGUUGUAAUUAAGUUGUGUAAUGUUUUUUUUUUGUUACUUCUAAUACUAGAUGGAAGCCUUUGUAUUAACAAGAUUACAGAAUAUAAAAUUUAUUUGAUUUUUAUUUUGUUUGA